CAGUGACAUUUAAGGGAUACAGAGGACAUAAACACCAAAAGGAGGAAGAAAUUAAAAGGACUCUGGAAGAGCAGGAAAAAAUGGCAACCAGCAAAAAACCCCAAAUUCAAACCCAAAUACAAUCACAAAUACAAAGAAGAGGAUCCUCAGAGGGCACAAUAAAAAUUACAGAUCCAAUAAUGCACUUAAUUGAAGAAGUAGGAAAGAUCAGGCAAGAGAUGAGGGAAUUACGCCAGGAGAUGAAAGAGGAUUUGAGAGGAACGAAUCAAGAAAUCAGAGGAGAAAUCAAAGAAACGAGAGAGGAAAUUAGAAAAGAUUUUAAAAAAGAGCUGGAUAAUUUUGGAAAGAAAAUGGAGAAGAUGACAUCUGAUAUCAAAACCACUCAAAAAGAGGUAGAAAAAAUAAAAGAAAGAACAGUAGAAUUAGAAAAUACCUCAAGGCAAAUUUUAAAGAAACAAGAGCAACAACAAUUCACUGAAUGGAAUAAUGAAAUGCGAUACAGAGACAGAUGCAUCAAAAUUCGAGGACUUCCGGAAAAGAGCAAUGAAAAUCUCGCGGAAAGAUUGAUACCAGAUUUAGCUAAAUAUAUGGGAUUACCUGUGGAGACGAUGGACCAGGAAAUAGAUAAAUUAUUUCGCGUGAACUCGAUUCAAGCACGAGAAAAGAAGAUACCGCGCGAUAUUGUGACUUGUCUAGUAAGAACAAAAAUUAGAGACCAGAUAAUACAAAAGAACUUCGAAGAAAAAUUUAUAGUAGAGGACCAAGAAAUAAAAAUUUUUAAAGAUUUACCUCCUCAAAUUUUAGCGGCGAGACUUAAAUAUAAAACAUUGACCCAAAUUCUUAAACACCUGAACAUCAACUAUAGAUGGGAACGCAUCGAGGGAUUAUCAUUCUACUACAACCAAAAAAGAUACAGAAUAGAUAAUGAGGAGAAAGCGCGGGAGAUGGAGAAGAAAUUAAGAAGAGAAUCUAGAGAGAAAGAGGAUAAAAAUAAGGAAAAAACAACACAACCAAGAGAAUGGAGACCGAGAUAUAACAAAGAGAAAAAACACGAGGAAAAGGAGGAAAAUAACACAGAUAUAGAGGAAGAAGAGCGAAUAGAUAAUAUAAACCCCAAAGAACAAUUAAGAGUUGAGACAAUAUCGCCUUCGAAAAAUCACAACCUCUUGUUUGAUUUUGAGACCUGACGAGCCUUCCCACUAAACGGACCUAAACGGAUCUCAAAUUAAAGUAAUAAUUUCCUUUACUUUCCUUUUUUUUUAAGGAUUUCCUUUUUUAAUUGCAUUAUACAGG